CUCCCAAUACAUUAUUAUAUAUAGUCCCCCGCCCCUCCAAUUGUUUCCCGAAACAAAGGAACUCCGUAACGGAAUCAUACGAUGCUCUCUUCUCUUUCUAUCUCAACCUCUCUUUUAGUUUCUCCAAUUUCUCUGCCGUCAACUUCCCGUGCCAGAGUCCGGCCACCUCACGCCUCUGCUACCUGCGCUAAUACUUACACUUCUCAACAAGAGAAAGGAUCGACGACCGGUUAUCUGAGCCGUCCAGGAAUGGCAGCGUGCACGUCUCUGUACCAGGUUCUAGGGAUUCCCAUCAGUGCUUCGAAUCAAGAAAUCAAGUCGGCGUACCGCCGGUUAGCUAGGGUUUGCCAUCCAGAUGUGGCGGCAAUUGAUCGGAAAGAUUCAUCGGCGGAUGAGUUCAUGAAGAUCCACGCGGCGUACAGCACCUUAUCGGACCCCCAAAAACGGGCCGUAUAUGAUAGUAAAGUUUUCCGGAUAGGCCAACGGCCGUUGACUUCGGAAUCUAGGUUUUCAGGAUACAGGGGGAGGAGUUGGGAGACCGAUCAGUGCUGGUGAAAUGGUCAACUCUCUCAUUAACGCUACAGAGUUGGAAUUCGGAAUUCAAUCAACGGUUUUUAACCUGCAAAAAAUCUGUACAGUUAAUCAGUUAAGUACAUAUCUCAGAAAAAAAGAAAGCUGAUCUAUUAACGAGAAAAAAAAAACCCAGCCGAGGAGUUUAGCGGGAGAAAUCAGUCAUUGAUUGUGUCACGUAAGAGCUUCGCUCUUUUUUCUUUCGCCUUUGUGCUUUGCCUGAUGCAUCGACGAAGAAGACUCUGCGAAACCGUUGUACUUUUACAGCAGUUGAAAGAAUUAAGGUUUCUUUGCUUAAUUAAUA